CAGUGCAUUGUAAUAGCCUUUGUCUGUAGUUUCAGUGUGAUAUCUUUAUGUGUCGACUCUUGUACAGUAGGUCAAAGCAGUUUUUCAUCGAGAAGCCACACGUGUGGAGAAUUGUGCUCCAGUCAUAUAGAUGAAGAGGUUACUUUAUGUGGCUGGAUUCAGUACUUGAGGCAAGAUCUUUUUGUGAUCUUGAGAGACUUCAGUGGAUUGGUGCAAAUCCUUAUCCCACAGGAUGAGUUUGUUGCAGUAACAUGUUUUCACCAUUACUGUAUAUUUUUCUUUGGCACUGUAUAUCUUUCUUUGACACUUCUUAAGUCCAAAUCAGAACUGAAGAAUGCUUUUCUUGGUCUCACUUUGGAGUCGGUCAGUAUGGUUAAAGGAAGGGUCAGGCGUAGACCAGAGGGACAGGAGAAUAAGAAAAUGUCCACAGGAGAAAUCGAGGUCUGUGCUGAGAGCUUGGAAGUGCUGAAUACCUGUCGAAAGCUGCCGUUUGAAAUUAAAGAUUUUGUCAAAAAAUCCGAAGCCCUCCGGAUGCAGUAUCGCUAUCUUGAUCUUCGGUCACCCAGGAUGCAGUACAAUUUAAGACUGAGAUCACAAAUGGUGAUGAAAAUGAGGGAGUACCUUUGCAAUUUGCAUGAACAUUACCUGUCUUUCCCCGGAUUUGUGGAUGUGGAAACACCAACACUGUUUAAGAGAACACCAGGGGGUGCCAAAGAGUUUGUGGUGCCAUCUGGAGACCCUGGGAAGUUCUACUGUCUUCCACAGAGCCCACAGCAGUUCAAACAGCUUCUAAUGGUGGCUGGCAUAGACCGGUACUUUCAGCUCGCUCGCUGCUACAGAGACGAGGGCUCCAAGCCUGACAGACAGCCUGAAUUCACACAGGUGGAUAUUGAAAUAUCCUUUGUAGACCAAGCAGGAGUCAAGAGUUUGAUUGAAGGCUUGGUCCAUUACUCUUGGCCGUAGGACAAAGGACAGAUUAAUGUUCCUUUUCCCUCCAUGACUUAUGAGGAAGCCAUGAGAGACUACGGAGUUGACAAACCAGACACUAGAUUUGGGAUGAAGCUUGUGGAUGUCACCACAGCAUUCCAGGGAACGCAAAUCGAGUUCAUCAAAGAUGCACUUCUUAAACCAAGUGGCUGCAUUCAGGCCAUCUGCGUCCCAGAAGGAACAGAGGUGAGUGUGGCUCCAGUAAGGGCAGAUGGUUCACUGAAAUCCCCUCUCAGCCGGCUGCUUUCGGACACGGCCAAACAGCAGCUGCUCCAGAUGGCCCAGGCCAAUGCUGGAGACCUGAUCUUCAUCACAGCCGGACCCCGGGAGAACGCGUGCCCUCUGCUGGGAAAGCUGAGACUGCAGUGCGCGGAGCUGCUUGAGAGCUAUGGUGUGCCUGUUCGUGACCCAUCUGUCUUUCACUACUUGUGGGUGGUGGACUUUCCCCUCUUCUUACCCAAAGAGGAUAAUCCAGAGAUGCUCAAGGCUGCCCACCAUCCCUUCACUGCUCCAGUCCCCGAGGAUGCCCAUCUGCUGUACACCCAACCCCGCAAGGUGCGUGGCCAGCAUUAUGACUUGGUGCUGAAUGGCUGUGAGGUCGGAGGAGGUUCAAUACGCAUCCACAUUGCCUCUCAGCAGCUGUACGUCCUGGACACGAUUCUCAAGGAGGACCCAUCACUCCUUUCACAUUUAUUGGAGGCUCUGGACUCCGGGGCCCCUCCGCAUGGUGGAAUCGUAUUAGGACUGGAUCGACUGGUGUCCAUCAUUGUAGGAGCUCCCAGUAUCAGAGAUGUCAUAGCCUUUCCAAAAUCCUUCAGAGGUCACGACCUCAUGAGUCCUGCUCCAGACUUCGUCUCUGAAGAAGACCUGAAGCUGUACCAUAUUUCUGUAGUCUGGCCUAGCGCAGAUAUAGAAGGUCAGCAAGACAACUCAAUGUAAACUCUAAAAUGUGUGUUAAUAUGCUUAUGAUGUUACAUUUGCAUGAGGAUGCAAGAUGGUUCGCAAUUUCCAUCGGCACCAUGCGGUCGCCAUCUGUGUCCAUGCCUUGUGAUGGACUUCAGAGCAGAAGCAGCAGGAUCACUUCCUGUCCUGGGAGAAUUGAACACUAUCUUCUGAGCGAAGGUGACAUGUGUGUCCCCCUCAUCACAAAACCCUUCCUUCUGCUGCUUCAACAGAUCAGUUAUGUACAUUCCCAACAUAUGCAUGAUCUGUAAUUAGUGUUCUCAACUGUAAAUUUUUAAUUACAUUCGUUUCAGUGAAAAACUGGUGGAUUGUGAGUGUAAUUGAAUAUUCCAAUAGGGGGCAGCAUUGUUCCAUUGCAACUGUUUACAUUGCCCCCCCCCCAUUCACAUGCCCUGUGGCGAAGUCAGCAUGCACUAUAUCCUACAUUUUUUCUCCACCACCAGACGUACCAAAUAAAGCUACAUUUCAGUUUUUCUCAGCGAUGCCUUAUCUGCAAAAGCAGAUGCUCAUUUUUCAUGCCCAGGUACAGCUUCUCAUUAUAGCUAGUGUUGUUUUAAAGCAGACCUGUGAGUUGGCCACCAUGCUGUGAACAUAGUUUUGUGUAAGACAUGCUGUUUUUGCUGUUCUUCCAUUGACUUUUCUUUAAGUACCCACUUAUUGCCUAUUUACAUGACUAUGUUUACUUGGAAGUACCUGCCUUCAUUUGGUAGAUAUUUCCAUUAGUGCUUUAAAAUUCUGGUCUGGGCUUUUAUCCUGUAGUCCUCUUAAAAAGGGAUAGUUCACGCAAACAUAAAAAUUCUGUUCCAGACCAGCUUGAUUUUCUUUCUUAUGUGGAACACAAAAGAAGAUAUUUUCAAAAACAUCUCCAUGCUUUUUUUUUUGUCCAUAUAUGUUCUUUUGUGUUCUCCAGAAAAAAGAAAUACAGUCAGUGAUGCAUCAAAAAUACUCAGCUGGAAAAGCACAAGAAAAAUAAUUUUUCAGUUUCACAGGGCUGAAAUCAUCGACCGAAACCAUAACAUUUAAAUUUGUGCUUCUCCGACCAUGUCAGCUACAACAGGUAAAUACUUCAGCUGUGCCUAUAAAUAUGAUGCUAGGGACAAAAAUUUGUUCGGCUGAAAUAACAUUUAGCAAAUAUUAUGGGAAAGUUACAUUUGAAUGUUGUGUAAACCAUCUAAAUCAUCAACAUUUUUUUGCCGUCUGAAAUAAAAUGAUAUACAAAUAUGUGUUCACGGUGUAUUUUAAUCCUUUUAUGUUUAAAUACCUUCUGAGCGUUACAUCAGAGCAAGCGUGAUAUUUCUGAUCUCUUAAUGGAGAUGCUACCUGCAUGAUCGGCAAGAA